CUGUUUCAGACACACAGCUGCUGCUGUUGUACUUCCUCUCUAAAACACAAUAGGAGUUUUUCAGCGCAUCUAAACUCGUCUGAUGGGAUUGAGCUCAUCGUCACGGGGAAACCCACGGUUAAUGUUCUGACCCAACAAGCUCUCGUUUGAUCUGUGCUUCCACAGCAGCCUCUCUAACCCUACACACACACACACACACACACACACACUCUCACACUCACACAAAAGACUCAGUUUCUAUUGCCAAAGCAGCUUAGGGAAAAUGUCGAUGGAAUGGCUUUUGUUUUCCUGGGAUAACGGGAUACGAGCGGAACGAUUCCCCGGCUGCCAGUCGGCGUGUUCUCCUCUAUUCUCGUCCGGUGUCGGGAACAGGAGAGGUUGUAAGGGUCACGAUGUUGACCGUGAACUCUAGACGACGUGAAACCACACUAAUCCUCCAGACCCGAUCCCGAUCCCAGACCCGGGACAAUAGAGCUCGUCACGCUCCGCAGUGUGUGUGUCGCGUCCCCGUCCUGACGGCCUUUAUCCCGGGAAGAGGAGCGGAUGUGAACGUCUCGUUAUGAAUCGAGGUGUCGGAUCAGCGCUGAUCAAAACACCGAGAGAUUUCUGGGACAAAGAGGAGAAAGGGUUUCUGGACAGUUUCAAGUUUCUCUGAUGGCGGCCGAUGUGUUAGAAAGCCAUUAAAAAUAAAAUAAAAAAUUAAAACAUUAUGAUGGUUCCCCUCAUGAUAAAUUCAUAUCAGUGUAUAUUAUUGACUAGUAAAAAUAUACAUAUAUUAAUUUUAUGUCCCAAACAAAAUCCGUGUGUGAAGGCCUUUCACUCACCCCUGCUGUGACCACAGUCUUCCUCACGCCUCGCAAUGCUAAACAUCUGUGUGUAUCACAGCAGGCUUUGUGUAAAUAUGACGUGUUUGAAGGAGAAACAUUCAGGCUGGCUCCUGGGAAAGACGCCCGGCCUCUUGUUGCCUGAACAAUAGAGUUGGAAAGUUGCGGCGAUUCACUCUCCCGGGCGUCUCCGGCUCACAGGAUUGAACACAAACUGCAGAAUCAGCUCAAAACUUCUAGAUCUAAACUAAAAAAUCAGAUGCUCUGAUCGUGCGUUUCUCAAAGGUGACGGACAGAUCCGUGCAGGCGUUCGCGGAGAACUGUCCCGAGCUGCAGUUCGUGGGGUUCAUGGGCUGUUCGGUCACGUCUCUGGGGGUCAUUCACCUCACCAGGCUUCAGUCGCUGAGCAGUCUGGAUCUGCGGCACAUCUCUGAGCUCAACAACGAGACCGUGAUGGAGGUCGUGAGAAAGUGCCGGAACUUGACGUCCCUCAACCUCUGUCUCAACUGGACCAUCAAUGACAGAUGUGUGGAGAUCAUCGCGAAGGAGGGCCGGAGUCUGAAGGAGCUGUAUCUGGUGUCCUGCAAGAUCACCGAUCACGCUCUGAUCGCCAUCGGUCAGUACAGCAGCACGAUCGAGACGGUGGACGCCGGCUGGUGUAAGGAGAUCACGGAUCAGGGCGCCACUCAGAUCGCCAAGAGCAGCAAGUCUCUGCGUUACCUGGGCCUGAUGAGGUGUGAUAAGGUGAACGAGGAGACGGUGGAGAGACUGGUGUUGCAGUAUCCACACAUUGUGUUCAGUACAGUGAUGCAGGACUGUAAGAGAACGCUGGAACGGGCCUAUCAGAUGGGCUGGAGCCCUAACACAUCCACGGCCUCCUAACACACACACAGACACACACACCUGUCCAUGACGUCAUUAUCAUAACUAUGCCGUUUAUUCCGCCUUUCUUUAUCAAAUGACAUUAUGCAGCAGAAGCAUCAAUAUUAUGCUUUGAGCCGUUUGAUUUGAACGUGAAUAAAUAUGUUCAUGCACACACACACACUGACAUGCAGCGCUGCAUUCAUUUACAUUGACUUAUCUCAUCAGAAACUUGUUCAGCUCAUAUUUUACUCUAAAAUCGAGAGAGAGAUAUAAGAACUGCCGUCGUUUGUCUUUUGCAUUUUGCAUUAGGGAAAAAAGGUUUUGCAUUUUGAUAUUUCCCUGCCACUCACAUUAGGUCUGGACGUUUGACGUAUAUGUUAUUUGUUUGUUAUUCUCAUUAUUGUCCACGGUGAUUUUCAUUAGAUUCUCAUUACUGAAACACACUCACGUUUACUGCAGUUCUCAAAUCAGCACAGCACAGAUUCAACCAUGAUGUAGAAAUGUAUAAUUAAUGUUAUUUUUUGCAUUGCAGUAGUGAUAAUUUGAGGGUAUGUGUUAAUUUGCAUAUGUUUAUUCACUGCAAAACAAUUAUGUUCUUCCUCAGUGUUUCUGUCUCGUUUUCCAGCACAAAUAUCUAAACAUUAUUAAAUCAAGAUAGGAGCAAAAUGACUUGUUUAAUGAAAAUAAAUGCACCAAAAUUGAGUAGAAAACAAAUAUCUGUUAAUGGGGUCAGAAAAAUAACCUUCAUUCAAAGGGAAAAAAAAAUUUAAUUUACAGAAGAAGCAAAAUGACUGACUUUAUGCUUAAAAUAAAAUAUAUAAAUAAUCUAGUUUUCCCUUGAAUUAGGUUUGUUUUGGCAGGUAUUAAGCAAAACUUUUUAUUGAUUUUUUUCUUCCAGAAAUCAGGUCAGUCUUCAGUCAUUUUGCUUUUCAAAUAAAUGUGCUGCAAAAACAAGACAAAACUGUUGAUAUUAAUAUAAAUAAUAUAUCCAAAAAUAUUGUUCAUGCAAAAUAUUUCUCUCUGGUGAUUUUGGGGUGAAUGUGUCCUCAUAGUUAGAGUUGAUUUAGACACGUUACACUUUGAUUAGAAACGACAGCGUCCGUCUCUGUUAGUCGAGGCCGUGGAUGGAUUAUGUGUUCGUGACGUAGAUCUAGACGUGGAGACGCAGGACGUGAUGUCGUUUACUCUUGUGAAUCUGUAACUCUGUGGUUUGGAGUUUGUUUGGAUGUUAACUGAUUUUUGUGUUCAGGUUUUUUGAGAUAUAUCCUCCAUAUGGAAGUUUGCAUACCCUGUGAAUAUUUGAUGAUGAUGAUGGAGUGUGACUUAUAUAAGAGAUGCCGAGUUUGAAGUAGACAGGUUAGUUAGGUUACUCAUCCACACGUCUUCUGUUUUCUCUUUCAGACGAGCAGGGUAUUUUUAUACGGUGUCCGUAGCGCUCGCUCGUGAAUGCAGGAAGACUUUAGUCACAGUCUUGAUCUUUUACUGUACUGGGGAUUUGAGUCAAUUAAAAACCACGAUUCUACUC